UUGACUUGGCCGAUUACGCUCGGAGCCGAGAUCGGUGGCACGCGAUGACGAAUUUCUUGGUCGAGAAUCACCCGCAAGUCUGGCGGUACCGAUGAACCAACUACGCAACCACCUUUGAUCCUAGGGCUACACCUAGAACUACUGCCACAGAAUCGAGUCAAAUUCGAGUCAUUCUCGUCACUGAUUGCCAGAUUGUAGAGGCCAGCAAGUCACCACAUAUAUAGGAAUCGGGCUCGGUAGAGGAACGUCGAACGAACUGCUGCAAUUGCCUGUGCAUAAGCACAACAAACCGUAUCAACAUGCCUGGAAGAAAAGUGCCGGCUAGCAAUAAGGCUAAGAAGGCCCAGCUGCAGGAGAAGCGCUCGGUGAAACGAGGAGAACUUACGCUUGCUGCCAACUUUGCCAAGAAGAAUACUGGAGUCAAAGAUCACCUAUCGAGAUCGCUUCGCGAUGCCACUAUUGACCCCGAUGCUCGUCAGAAGGCUCGAGAGUUGCAGUCUCGCUUCAAAUUCUUGUCGGUAUCUCCUGAAUACCAGGCACACACGCAAAAGAUCGCAUUCGAGCGACCGUUGGAGCGACCGAUUCCUACCGAGUUGAUGCUGUAUCGAUCUGCCAUCGACCGAGAGCAGACUCCCGAGAAGCGCGAGCGAGCGAGACAGUUGGACGACCGACUCAAUUGUCCUCGAAGGCCCAAGUGGAAGUACGGGGUGACGAAAAAGGAGUUGGAGAAGAACGAGGAAGGGAACUUUGCAAAAUGGCUGCAGUCUGUCGAGGAUGUGCAGCAAGACUACUCCUGCCUGGACGAGGAAGACGAAAGCUCGGCGGACGAAGAUGAAGCCAAGACUAUCUUAGUGCGAGAAGAAGCACCGCUCGAGAUCAGGUCGCCAUCAGUCUUUGAGAGGAACCUGCAAGUAUGGCGUCAACUCUGGCGGGUCGGCGAGCAGUCCAACGUGAUACUCGUCCUGAUGGACAUACGAUGUCCACCUGUCCACUUUCCUGCCUCAUUGAGAGCCUACCUGAGGGAUCUGGUCGGACUUCCAGAUGACCGAGUGAACGUCAUGACCGAUGCACAGUCACAAGGUCGCGGAAAGAAGCCCAAAUUCGCCCAAUCCGGUCGCAAAAAGGUAGUCCUGGUUCUCACCAAGGCGGAUCUAGUCGAGGCGGAGCGACAGCAAGAAUGGGUCGACUGGUGCAAGAGAUGGUGGCUUUAUGGUAACAAUCCACCGGCGCCAGCCGAACCAUCAGCCGAGGUCGAGGAGGUACCAGAAGUUGUCUGUGUAGAGAGCUAUCAGAGGGAAGCCGCCGAUGUCAAGCGCUCGAGGCAUAUACCUCACAUCCCAGAAUCAUCACUCGAUGCUCUGAUCUCUGCUAUCAAGCGCGCCCACGCUAGUCUGUUGCAACCGCCCGAGUCCCUUGCGGGGGAUUCGGAAAAGGUUUCCCGGUGGACUCGUGAUUGCCACACUCGUAUCAAGCCAGAGAUAGAAUGGGAGCAAUUGUAUCAGCCUGGGGAUGUCCAACAACGGCCCUUGCCGCCGAUCGACGACGCUGCGCAAGAAGAACCUUCGAGCGAUAUCGAGGAGACAAGACCGGAGUCGGACAGUCAGGAAGGCGAGGAAGGCCGUCAAACGCCGCGACUGGCGACUUGCCUUACUGUCGGUUUAAUUGGACAGCCUAACAAUGGGAAAUCGUCGCUCUUGAACGCCUUGCUAGGCCGAUCAAGAGUGCGGGCAUCGAAAACCCCUGGAAAGACCAAACACUUCCAAUCGAUCUACUGGACGUCGGACGUGCUCAUCGUCGAUUGCCCCGGACUGGUCUUUCCUUCUUUGACAAGUGUCGAGGUACAGGUCAUGUCGGGAGUCCUACCGAUCUCGCAGAUCCCUUCCAUCCCCGCCUGCAUGUACCACUGCAGCCGCUUACUUCCGAUCGAGACCGUCUUACGUAUUCCGACUCCCCAGCGAUGGGGUGAAGAGCUUGCAGAGCAUGAAGCGAGGGAGAGCAAGAAGACGUAUCGUGCUGGACUGGGAGGACCGGCGGCGGAGAGGGAUCGAGGUUAUAUUCCGCAUUGGACUACUGGGGAUAUCAUGCAGGGAUGGGCUAGCCAUCGAGGUUACGUCACCGCUAAGGCUGGGCGGCCCGAUACGAACCGGGCAGGCAACGAGAUUCUGCGAAUGAUCGCAGAGGGCAAGAUACCUUGGCGUUUCCUCUCGCAGGAUGUCAAGGCCAGCACGAUCGAUUCGGUCAAUGGUGUGUGGGUCGACAUUGCUGUGACCAAUCUGACGGACGAUCAUAGCGAAGUCGAGGAGGCUGGAGAUGAAGAGCUGAGCGAGGUCGAUAGUUAUGAGAAACAGGCGACAACGAAGCCUGACGCCACUCCGUCUGAAUCGGAGGACAGCGGAUCCGAAGAGGAAGCGCUUGCGCCACAAGCAAAGUCGGGCGGCAUGUUUGGAGCUUUGACCAUCGAUGAGCCAGGUUCAGCAUCAAAUAGCGACGAGGAGGAUGAUGAGUAACGAUGACACUUUAUAGAGUCAUUCCGGUGGUAUGUAACUAGGUUGACCUGAUGCAUAUAGCCUCAGAUUCGCAUUCGAACCUGCGAACCUUCGUUUGACUUUGACUCGGGUAUGGCCCAUGUGAUCUCGAUAACGGAAGCAAUUUAUUCGAUUGACCCCCCUCAGGCCUCGGUCGGCGCCG